GGACGAUCUUAGGUCGACAGUUUCCGGACUCGCCGCUCUAUGCCUCACCACCACCGCUCGCUAUCCUCACCCAUCCCUCACCCCUUCCUCACCGUCCGCACUGUCGCCUAGGCCUGCUCCGUCAAUCACCCAUAUUGCAACGCAAUCGCUCGUGGUCCAUUCCACAUCAUUGACUUGGACGGCGGCCCCAAAACGCAGGAACCAUCAACUUUACGCAAUAAAGGGUGACGGGCAUAGACAGUCCGCGAUUCUUGUUGACAAGUAUCAAGUCAAGGCCCUAAGAUUACCUGACCUCAGCAAGAAGGACAUUGAGAUGAAAGCUGAAAAUGAUGAGUUAGGAGAGCCUGCAAUUCUACAGUGGUUAUGGGAUGCUAUUACAGAACCAGUAUUGGCUGCUCUUGGAUACACGCAUACUCCUCACGACAAAUGGCCCCAUAUUUGGUGGGUUCCAACAGGCCUCUUGAUCAAAUUCCCACUACAUGCGGCAGGUUAUCACGAUUGUGGAACAGGUCAGACAGUGAUUGAUCGAGUUAUGUCCUCUUACAGCCCAUCUAUCAAAGCAAUGAUACAAAACCGUCGACGUCCUCAGAAACCAUCAAGCGUAGGUCAUGCACUUCUUGUUGCCAUGGAAUUUACACCAGGAGAAUCAAAUCUUCCUUGUGCCUCCCGAGAAGUGGAUAUCGUUCGAAGCAUUUGUCCAUCAAUGUCACUGGUACCGGUCGCACCCGCGCCGUAUAAAUCUGACAUCGAGUCACUUUUACAGGUAUGCCAGAUAUUCCAUUUCGCUGGCCAUGCACAUAUGGACAAAUCUGAUCCAUCAAUGAGUUAUUUGGUCCUUGAGGACGGUGAUAGCAAUCCACUGACGGUUGGCAAUCUUUUUGAAAUCAAUAUUCGAGAAUCAUCACCUUUUCUUGCAUAUCUCUCUGCUUGCGGGACCGGUCGAAUCGACGACGAAAGAUUCAUGGACGAAAGUAUCCACCUGAACAGUGCAUUCCAACUUGCCGGGUUUCGCCAUGUAAUCGGAAGUUUGUGGGAUGUAAUUGACGACACUUGUCUUCACAUGGCAAAAAUCAUUUAUGGCCGAAUCAGAGACGGAGGCAUGACAGACGAAUCUGUAUGUCGAGGGCUACAUGAUGCUACGAGGACUCUACGCGACCGUUGGCAGCAAUCGUCGAUAAGAACUAGAAGCCAAAGGGGGUUGACUAGAGACAUUAACCCUGUGGGUGAAGAUAUACCGUCGCUUGAUUGGGUUCCUUAUGUCCAUUUUGGUGUAUAAUGUGUCGCCUUUACUGAGAUAUCCACCCAACAAGGUCUCAGCGCUCUGAUCCCUGUCGGUGUGGUUGCGGACUUUGUGGAAUUUUGCCGUACGAAGUGAUUAUGUAUUAAAGAAACAGGGUUCACACUGCUUACAUUGCAAAUAAGCGGAGCCGACAGGCACGGAACGAAUCGUCUAGGGGUGCUGGUUUGGAGGUUAAAUGAGAUCUAUGUGGUACGCGACACGCUAAGAAUUACGCUAUAGUUCAAAUGAAGAAGGCGGUCAGGUGCUUAUAAGACAUGUCUUCUAGCCAUAAUGGUAGCUCUUCACGAACAUUAGGGGCGUCCGAUGUCAAUUCAGUUCACGCUCUUUUUACGAAAUUAGACCUGCCUAGCUAUUUUUCAUCACAUCCUCCUUAAUGCCGCCCCGAAAACCUACACCAGGCAACUUGUUGUCCAUGUAUCUGUGUCAUAAGAAUCGACAAACCACAGCCAAUGAAC